AGAGGAAACGCGCCGCACUCACUCCUCACUGGCAUCAUCUCUGAGGGGACAGAGCUCAGCAAAUAUUUUGUUUAUUUGCGCUAUGAUUAGCUAACUAAAUAACCUAGGCAGCCGGACGUUUUUCUUUAACCUCUUAAUUUAGCUAUUUUACCACUAUUACGCCCAACAACCGUUAGAAACGCCAACCUUGCUUCGAAGACUACACCUGUCCCAGCAUCAUCUGAGUGAGAUUCCGCAAAGCUACUGAGUGGACAAAACAUUCUCCAGUUCAAGACAUAUUUGGAAACAAGAUGGCAGAAUCCUGCGAAUAUCUGACCCGCUAGAACGUCCUGGUCUGGUCAAGUCCUUUUCGCCAUCAUCUGCUCUGACUCUUCUAAAGAGCAGCAGAAUGGAUGAGCAGAGGGGCACUCUUCCACCUCCUCUCAAAACAGAGGAAGACUACAUUCCUUAUCCCAGCGUCCAUGAGGUUUUGGGGCGAACAGGCACUUUACCACUUAUUCUGCUGCCCCAGUUUGGGGGUUACUGGAUUGAAGGGACCAAUCAUGAUUUAGGCUCCUCCUCCACACCAGAGGAACCGCCCCCUUGCCCCGCAUCACAGGUUAAACUGGAGACGAACAGCAUCGCCAAUAUCUAUAGGAAACACUUCCUGGGCAAGGAGCACUUUAAUUAUUACUCAGUGGACAGUGCUCUGGGCCACCUGGUCUUCUCGGUGAAGUAUGAUGUGAUUGGAGACCAGGAGCACCUUCGACUGAUGCUUAGGUCAAAGUUUAAAACCUGUCAUGAUGUGAUACCAAUUUCUUGUCUGACCGAGUUCCCUAAUGUUGUCCAGAUGGCGAAGCUUGUCUGUGAAGAGGUGAAUGUGGAUAGAUUUUAUCCUGUCUUAUACCCAAAGGCAUCCAGGCUUAUUGUGACCUUUGAUGAGCAUGUAAUCAGCAACAACUUCAAGUUUGGAGUCAUCUACCAGAAAUUUGCACAGACAUCAGAAGAGGAGCUAUUCGGAAACAAUGAGGAAAGUCCAGCUUUUGUUGAGUUUCUGGAGUUCUUGGGAGAGACGAUUGAACUUCAUGAUUUUAAAGGCUUUCGUGGAGGCCUGGAUGUGGCACAUGGACAGACAGGAAGUGAGUCAGUCUAUCACAACUUCCACAAUAAAGAGAUAAUGUUCCACGUGUCCACAAAGCUCCCAUACACUGAAGGUGAUACCCAGCAGCUGCAGAGGAAAAGGCAUAUAGGAAAUGACAUCGUGGCCAUUGUGUUCCAAGAAGAAAAUACACCGUUUGUACCCGAUAUGAUUGCAUCAAAUUUCCUUCACGCUUACAUAGUGGUGCAAGUGGAGAACGCCUGCACUGAUAACAUCCUUUAUAAGGUAUCUGUGACGGCAAGAGAUGAUGUGCCUUUCUUUGGCCCUGCCCUUCCAGACCCAGCGGUCUUUAAAAAGAGUCCAGAGUUUCAUGAGUUCCUCUUGACCAAACUGAUCAAUGCUGAAUAUUCCUGCUGUAAAGCGGAGAAGUUUGCAAAGCUGGAGGAGAGGACACGUUCUGCUCUGCUGGAGACUUUAUACGAGGAGCUGCAUGUGAACAGCCAGUCCAUGAUAGGACUCGGAGGAGAUGAUGACAAGCUGGAGAAUGGAGGAGGCGGUAGCAGUGGCUUCUUUGAGUCUUUUAAGCGAGUAAUCCGCAAUAGAAGUCAGUCUAUGGAUGCCAUGGGCCUCAGCAACAAAAAACCACACACCGUCUCCACAAGCCACAGCGGAAGCUUUACACACAACCCACCAGACGCCCCCAAAACACCCGGCAUUUCCUUGAUUAUUCCUGGAAAAAGCCCAACCCGUAAGAAAUCUGGUCCAUUCAGUUCCAGGAGGAGCAGUGCCAUUGGGAUUGAGAACAUACAAGAGGUUCAGGAGAGAAGCAGUCGCGAGGUGUCCCCUAGUCCACAGAGGACAUCUGAUGGUGGACACACCACUCAGGACUUCAGAUUAGACAACUCAUCCAGUCAGAGCUCUCCUGAGAUGCAGAUCACCAGGAUUGGUUCGGCCCUGUGCUGUCGAGCUCCCUCCAUCCCGGAGUCUCAGGAUCUGUCUCGCUCCUCGUCCAAUGCAAGUAGCUUCACAAGCGUGGAGGAAAAGAACGAGCAGGAACAUGAAGUGACAGAGGACUACGACACCGGACUGGAGAGUCUGUCUUCAGCUGGUACGCCUCACAAUCGAGAUUCCUUCACAUACAGCGGUGUGUGGUUGGAAGACGGCUCUGGUACUGCUAGUCAGAGCGGCUCACAGGGUCCCUUUCGACAGCAAUCUGAACCUCGUCCAAAAACAGAGAGACAACACUCGAACUGCUAGCUGUCCUGUAAGCUGUAGAUGGCUUCAUGGAUGUCCAUCAACAGCAUUUUCAUAAGCUGCCCUCUGCAGCGGACACUCGACGUGAGUUCCUGUAGAGACACAGAUGUGAAUGGGAUCGAACUGCUAGCUCCAGCCCUGCGGCGCACAGUCGGGCAAGUGUGCAUCAGACGGACUCAAGCCCUUUAUCUUCUAUCAUGUGGCUGUUGGUCUGUAGACAAAAUAGCAAACCUGCCUGGCUUGUGCUGAAGGCUGGUACACGUCUAGAAGAACAGAAAAGAGCUGCCAGCUGGCAAUGAAUCACACAUGAUUAUGGCCUUAUCAUAGGCUGCUUGCUUUCUUUUCUUUUCUCAUUCAGUGGGUUUGGGUUUUAUUUGUCAUAUUUAUUUAUUUAUUGAGGCUCACUGCGGUGAGUAGAUCUUUUAGUUACGGGGUGGUAAGCUGUCACUGCUUACGACAUCUUUAAGAAAAACAAAUGAGGUUCAGCAUAAACCCAUCAUGCACUGUAAUACACAUCUAUGUGUGGUUCUGUUUUGUUGUCAUAAUGUAAUGAUGUUGAAAAUGAGUAUAGGUAAAUGUUAAAUGUUGUUCUUCAGCAUAGUUCUCUAUCUGGCAUCGAGCACCCAAGCCAUUUCUGCAUCCCAUAAUUUAGGAUUAAUAGAUCAGGUGUGAUAUGCUGUUUUAAAUAUUAUUUAUUAAGAUUAUGCUGUUUUACUGAUCAAUAUAUUUUUGUAAGGCCGCAGCUGUCUGUGUGUAAUCUGUGCACUAAUGUAAUAGUGUCAUGUUUUAAAGAUAGCUGUGCAGAUUAAAACAUCAGUGUCUCUCAAGUCAGAUAUAUUGAAGUCCUGAAGACGUUUUAGCUUAUAUUAUAUGUGAGCAAUAUGAAUGUAAAGCUGCAGACACAUGUGAUCGUGGAUGUGGAUUAGGGAAUACACAACGUCGGAAUAUAUUCAUCAGAUGCUUUGUUCAAUAGCAAAUGUUUUCAAACCCAAAUACACGUUUUAUUCGUUUAAUGAUGAAAUGACUAUGUUUGCAAAGACAUUUUAGUCACUUUACAGCUCCUUAAAAUACGAUGGUAUUUACUGUAUAUGAUGCACAUUUCAAAGAAUAGCAUGGUAUUACCAUCAUCGAAGAAACAUGACAUGACAGUUUCAUGUUCAGAAACAUGACAAUACCUUGGUACUUUUUUUCUAAGAUGAAUAUGCCAAUUUGCUUCUUGUUUGAAGAGUUACAGUAGAAUUUUUGCUUGCUUGGGUGCUUCCAGGGGUGAUACUUCUAUAACAGUUAAUUGAAAGGAAGAAAUAUUUUUGGCUGGUUGAAUCCAUACGUUCACUGUGUCAGAGUCCUAAGUCUCUGCUGAUUAGUCGACUGUACAGAAUGUGUUUGCACAUGUUAAAGCCAUGAAGCACAAACUCAUUCCAAACAAACACCGACUGCUUUCUGCAAGUGAUUGUUGUCCCUUACAAGUGCUUAUUGUGCUACUUUAUGAAAUGUUUCACUGUAAAUACAACAUUUUCUCCCUUUUUUUGUAAUAAAACAAAAUAAAUUGCGUUUAAUAAAAAUCA